AUGGUUGGACAACGCUUUUCCAAUCAUAACGCAGGUAACAAGGUUGAGUUAUUUAUAGUGGGAAGCAAAUAUAGUUUGAACUGGUUCAUUCGCUAUAUCCUUCAUACUAAACUAGAAAGUAUGAUGGUAAAGGAUAAGAAUCGUCCUAAACCACCAAUGACACCAUAUGCAUGUUUUGUGCAAGUAAUACGCGAAGAGCACCGGAAAAAACAUCCAACAGAAAAUGUUAUUUUCAGUGAAUUUUCGAAGAAAUGUGCGGAAAAGUGGAAGCUCAUGAAUAUAGAACAACGAAAGUGUUUUGAAGAAAUGGCGAAACUGGAUAUGGACAGAUUCAAUCGGGAAAUGGCUCAUUAUAUACCACCAGUCGGGAUGAGGCGUGGUCGUAGACGGCGACGUAUCAAAGAUCCAAGUAUGCCUAAACGUUCAUGGUCUGCAUUUUUCUUCUUUUGCGAUGCGUUUCGACCGAAGAUUCGCAGUGAGCAUCCCGAUUGGAAGGUUAGUGAUAUCGCUAAGGAGUUAGGCAGACGAUGGGAAGAGUGUUCAGAUAAAGAGAAAUAUGAAAGACGAGCUCAGAGUGAUAAAUUACGUUAUGAACAACGCUUUCUCUCGGAGAUGUCAGCUGAAGGAUGUGAAAAAUCUUCAAGACCCUCUGGCGACACUGCUGCUAUCACUCACGGUCAUCAUGAUCAGGAGAAAAGAGUUCGUAGGGAAAUUGCGAAUAGCAAUGAGCGACGGAGAAUGCAAAGUAUCAACGCGGGAUUUGAUUCUCUCCGCAUCUUGCUGCCAUCCAUAUCAGAUGGAGAAAAAAUGAGCAAGGCGACAAUAUUGCAGUUGACGGCCAAAUACAUUAAUACGUUACUCAUGCGUGUUAGUUUGCUAGAAAGCGAAGUGGCUGUAUAUCGACAAUCAGUUGGUUUGCAACUAACUCCAGUUUUAUCAGAGAUAUCGGGCUCAGCGGUGACGUCUAGGAAACGCAAAUCUGAUGACCUAAAGGACCGACCGGAAUGCGUCCGAAAUCGACGUCGACGUGUUGAGACUGAUUGCGUAUACGACACGUCUCGCUCAAAUUACGUUCAUUUUUCUCCUGAGAGCACUGACACCCACCAGUCAUCUCCCCUUACAUCUUUUAAUAGUAGCACAUCAAUUUGUUCAGCUUCCCCGCAACCUGAGAGCACAAGCAAUACUGCUGCACGACUUGAACAUUUGGUAAUGGCCAUCGAGCAGAUUGAAGGGGGCGGUGCUCUUAACGUUUCUCCACAACCGGAAAGUCAUGAUGAGAGCUUCUCCACCGGAGGCCACUCACCUCCGGAAACUUACUGGCAUAGUCCACAAGAAAAUUAUCAUGGCUAUGCAUAUGUUGAUGCCCAGGCAUCGAAUCAAAAGUCUAAUAAUUUGUUUGGUGACUCCCUCCUUCUAACUCCUGUAUCGGAAAUUAAUCCCUCCUUAACCACAAAUGACAACGUGCAAACUAACAAUAAUGAGGAUUAUCCUAUUGUAGCAAAACUCCUUAACCGACCUAUACCCCACAAAUACCUCCACAGGCCUCAAGUCGUGGUUAAUAGUUCUCACUGA